UGCCAUCAAAGAAAGGAACGAUCGAAAACCUAACCUACAGACACACACACACACACACACACAUCUCUUGAGUUUUCCCAACAUUGUUUUCUUCCGCUUCUCAAUCCCUUCUCUCCGCCUGGCUCCCGACUUUCUCUCUCUCAGAUCUACGACUAUUUGUUUCCGAUUUCGCCUUUGAGCGAACCCUAGACUUCUUGCGGGGAGGCUUUUUUCAAGCGUUUAGAGAUCGACGAAGGUUGUGAUGAAUACCGGAGGAAGGUACCCCCCGGGGAUUGGUGCGGGUCGUGGGUCCAUCAACGCCAACAACCCUGGCUCCCAAUCGAGGCCUGUUUAUCAGCAGCAGCCGCAGUACGGUCAGCGUGGCAAUUACGCUCAGAACCACCAGCGGUUUCAACAAGCGCCACCGCCGCCGCCGCAUCAGCAGCAACAGCAGUGGCUUAGGAGAGCCCAGUUCACCGGCGGAAACAACGGAGACGCCGUUGAUGAGGUCGAGAAGACCGUUCAAUCCGAAGCUAUUGACUCAAAUUCUCAGGACUGGAAGGCGAGGCUAAAACUACCCCAGCCUGAUACUCGCUACAAAACAGAGGAUGUGACAGCCACGAAAGGAAAUGAAUUUGAAGAUUAUUUUUUGAAGCGGGAACUUCUCAUGGGAAUUUAUGAGAAGGGUUUUGAAAGACCCUCUCCCAUUCAGGAAGAGAGUAUUCCAAUUGCCUUAACCGGUAGUGAUAUUCUUGCCAGAGCCAAAAAUGGAACUGGGAAGACAGCUGCAUUUUGUAUUCCUGCCUUGGAGAAAAUUGACCAAGAUAAUAAUGCUAUUCAAGUUGUGAUACUUGUUCCAACGCGAGAGUUGGCUCUUCAGACAUCACAAGUCUGUAAGGAGCUGGGCAAGCAUUUGAAGAUUCAAGUCAUGGUAACCACUGGUGGCACCAGUCUGAAAGAUGAUAUCAUGCGUUUGUACCAACCGGUCCAUUUGCUGGUUGGGACUCCUGGGAGGAUCCUAGAUCUUACCAAAAAGGGUAUUUGUGUACUAAAAGAUUGUGCGAUGCUCGUUAUGGAUGAGGCUGAUAAGCUAUUGUCUCAAGAGUUCCAACCUUCGGUGGAGCAGUUGAUUAGGUUUCUUCCAGGAAAUCGUCAGAUUUUGAUGUAUUCAGCCACAUUUCCCGUCACAAUUAAGGACUUUAAGGAUAGGUAUCUAAGGAAGCCUUACAUCAUUAACCUCAUGGAUGAACUUACACUGAAGGGUAUUACACAAUUCUAUGCUUUUGUUGAAGAACGUCAGAAAGUUCACUGCUUGAAUACCCUAUUCUCCAAGCUGCAAAUAAAUCAAUCGAUCAUUUUCUGCAACUCAGUGAACCGUGUGGAACUCUUAGCUAAGAAAAUCACAGAACUUGGUUAUUCCUGCUUUUACAUUCAUGCGAAGAUGCUCCAAGACCACCGUAACAGAGUGUUUCAUGACUUCCGCAAUGGUGCAUGCCGGAAUCUUGUGUGUACUGACCUGUUUACACGUGGGAUUGACAUUCAAGCAGUCAAUGUUGUGAUUAACUUUGAUUUUCCGAAGAACUCAGAAACUUAUCUCCACAGGGUUGGUCGAUCAGGAAGAUUUGGACAUCUUGGUUUGGCUGUGAAUCUGAUCACUUAUGAGGAUCGUUUUAACUUGUAUAGGAUUGAGCAAGAACUUGGAACUGAAAUCAAGCAAAUUCCUCCGCAUAUUGAUCAGGCAAUUUAUUGCCAAUAACUAUGAAAAGGAUCUCUUUUGUUUCAUCUGCCGUUAGGAGUCCCAGUGGUUGGAUGAAGCACUUGGUAGCCCAGGUACACUUAGUCCUGUCAUCUGGCAAUGAAAAACAGGCACGACACCACCCAGGAGAAGAUAGUUUUUGUUUGGGGGGAGACUCGUGGAACUUAGUACUCUGUCUGUCUGUCUGAACUUGCCUCCGGAAUGCUAUUAUGGGUCUCUCUAGAUCUUCUUGAUUCCAAGUACUAAGAAUAUUGUUGUUAGACAAAGUUCUAGAAUGCUUUAAAAUGCCUGGUAAUGCUGUUUUCUGUUUCGGGUAUGUUUGGUUCUCUGUCUGCUUCUUCUGUCGGUCAUAGACUGAUUAGAGGGUUUGAGUCUUGUGGGAAAAAAAGCCGUGAUUUUUCCGUGGGCCAGUUUCAUGUCCUGUUACUGUUAGUGUUUCCAACUUCAAUAAUAAUGUCGUUUUGAGAUUUGAA